GUGACAGUUGGCGCGUUAAUAGUAUUCACUGACGCAGAUUUGGGAUACAAGUUUGAAAGUGGUGCCAAAGGAAAGCACUGAGAGGCAGCGGAACAUCAAGAGCUUGUCACAUAAACUGUCGUCAUGUCUAAAAUAGAAAAAAUGAGUAUUCUUGGAGUGAGGAGUUUUGGAAUAGAAGAUAAAGAUAAGCAAGUGAUAUCAUUCUUCAGUCCCUUAACUGUUUUAGUUGGACCCAAUGGAGCUGGGAAAACAACUAUUAUUGAAUGCCUGAAAUACAUCUGCACUGGUGAUUUUCCCCCUGGGUCUAAGGGAUUCACAUUCGUUCAUGAUCCGAAGGUUGCUCAUGAGACGGAUGUGAGAGCCCAGAUUCGCCUGCAGUUUAGAGACGUAAAUGGGGAGCUGGUAGCUGUACAGAGGUCAAUGGUUUGCACUCAGAAAGGCAAGAAAACAGAAUUUAAAACACUGGAGGGAGUUAUCACUAGAAUAAAGCAUGGAGAAAAGGUUAGCCUCAGUUCAAAAUGCGCUGAAAUUGAUAGGGAAAUGAUAAGUGCCUUAGGUGUCUCCAAAGCUGUUUUGGGCAAUGUUAUUUUCUGCCAUCAAGAAGACUCCAACUGGCCCCUUAGUGAAGGGAGAGCCUUGAAACAGAAGUUUGAUGAAAUUUUUUCUGCAACAAGAUAUAUCAAAGCCUUGGAGACAUUGAGACAAGUGAGACUGAAACAACUUACCCAAGUUAAAGAAUGCCAGUUAGAGCUAAAAUACCUAAAACAAAAUAAAGAAAAAUCACAAGAAAUUAAGGACUUAUUGCUUGCCAAGGAGACCCAGCUAGCAGCAUCUAGAGCAAAUGUGAAGUCCAUAGAAGCCCAAAUAGAACCAUUAGAGAGUCGCCUUGUAACCAUUGAAGAAAAUUUGGGAAAAGUAAUGAAACUUGACAAUGACAUAAAAGCUUUAGACAGCAGAAAGAAGCAAAUGGAAGAGGACAACCAAGAGUUGGAAGAGAAGAUGGAACAGGUUUUUCAAGGAACAGAUGAGCAGCUUAGAGAUAUGUACCAGAAUCAUCAAAGAACAGUAAGGGAGAAGGAACGUCGGUUGAAUGACUGCCAGCGUGAACUAGAGCGAAGCGGUAGAGAGUGUCAACGAUUAAAUCAUCAGAAGUCUGACCUGUUAGUAGAACAAGGUCGUCUUCAGCUACUUGCUGACCGUCAUCAGAACUCUAUCAAAAGUAGAGAUGCAUGUGUUGUCGGUCUUGCAAGCCAACUUGAAAUGGAUGGAUAUGAAAAAACACCUUUCAAUGAACGGCAAUUAAGAAGUUUUCAUGCUCAAGUGAAACAGAGGCUAGAGAAAGAAGUUGAGGAGGCUGAUCAAAGAAAGAGAGAUUUUCAAGAGAAAGAAAACCUGAAACAAACCUCAAUAGAUGAGAUACGAGACAAAAAGACUGGACUGCAACGAACAAUAGAUCUGAAACAGGACAUUCUGCUGAAAAAGCAACGUGAGCUUAAAGUAGUCAAGGAAGACCUACAAAAAUUAGAGGGAUCUUCAGAUCGCCUUCAAGAACUGGAACAGGAACUUGUGAAAGCAGAACAUGAAUUAAAGAGCUGCUUAGAAAGUUCUAAUGUAGAAGUCUUAAAAGUGGAAGUCACUGAAUUGCAGAGUGAAAAAUCAGAACUUGACCGGGCCCAGCGCAAACUUGACAAUGAAAUGGAAUUACUAAAUGCACACACCACGGCAAGAACUCAGAUGGAUAUGCUUAAAAAAGAGAAGGUUGACAAAGAAGAACAGAUUCGGAAAAUCAAAUCAAGGCACAGCGAGGACUUGAUUUCACUUAUUGGAUAUUUUCCAAAUAAAAAACAGCUAGAAGACUGGUUAUAUACAAAAAGCAAAGAAGUGCAAGACAGUAGAGAAAAACUAAAUAAACUGAACAAAGAACUUGCUUCAGGAGAGCAGAGUAAAAGCCAUAUUAGUUCAGACAUCAAAAACAAAGAACAACAACUGGCAGACUUGGAAGAAAAGCUGUUUGAUACUUUGGGAACACAGGAGUUUGAAUCAGGCCUUGGCAAAUUACAGGAUGACAUUGAUAAGUAUUCAAAACAAAGAGCUAUGCUUGCAGGAGCUACUGCUGUAUAUACACAGUUUAUUAAACAGCUGACUGAGGAAUCGGAACCCUGCUGUCCAGUGUGCCAACGAACUUUUCCAUCUGAAAAUGAUUUGGCGGAUGUGAUCAGUGAUCUACAGUGUAAACUUCGACUUGUUCCUGACAAACUGAAAAACACUGAGAGUGACCUUAAGAGACAGGAGCGAAAGAGAGAUGAUAUGAUAGCACUUAAACCAAUAAGACAGCAAAUAUGUGAUUUAAAAGAAAAAGAUCUGCCUGAACUACGCAACAAGCUACAGAAUGUGAACCGAGACAUUGAGCGCUUAAAGAAGGAUAUUGAAGAAGAAUAUAUGUUGCAGACAACCCUCAUUUCUGAAGAAGAUACAGCUAAAGUUUGCCUUCAGGACAUUUCUUUAAUGGACAGAUUCCAAAUAGAUCUAAGAGAAGUGGAACGAAGAAUUGCACAGCAAGCAGCCAAACUGCAAGGAGUAGAUUUGAACCGCACUAUCCAGCAAGUUAACCAAGAGAAACAGGAAACUCAGCAUAAAAUUGACACUACAUCAAGCAAAAUUGAGCUUAAGCGGAAAAUGAUCCAGGAUCAGCAAGAACAAAUUCAAUUGUUCAAAAGCAAUGUUAACGAGAUUAAAGCUGAAAAGUUGACAAUUUCCAGCAAUAUGCAACACCAGCAACAGCUAGAAGAUCAAUGUGCUGAACUUUCAACAGAAAUACAGUCUUUCUUUAGAGAAAUAAGGGAAGCCAAGGAACAGCUCUCUCCUCUAGCCAUAACUCUGGAUAAACUUCAGCAAGAAAAACAAGAUCUCUUGCAACGGAAGAAUCAACACAAUGAUGAGUCCAUGGAAAAGAUUAACACUAUGAAGGAGAAGAUUAAUAAAAUCAACCUGUUCGAAAAGGAAAUUGAAAAGUAUAUUGCUGAAGGAAAACAAGAAUACAAGGAGCAAAAGGAGACAGAACUACAAGAAACUAAUUUACAGUUACGAGAUGCAGAAAGUCAAAAGGAGAAGAUCAGCAAAGAAAUGGCAAACAUUAGACAAGACAUUGAUACACAGAAGGUCCAAGAAAGAUGGUUACAGGAUAACUUGACACUGCGAAAGCGAACUGAAGAGCUUAACGUCGUUGCAGAGAAAAGGGGGGAACUUCUGAAAGAAAUGGGGAAUAUGCAAGUAGUGCAGUUAAGAAAAGAACACCGUGACCUAGAAAGCAAAAUAGAAGAAUUAAAGAAGAAUCGAAGUUUGGCAAUUGGCAGGCAAAAAGGUUUUGAGGAAGAGAUUAUUCAUUGUAAAAAAGAACUGCGGGACCCCCAAUACAAAGAUGCUGAUGAAAAGUUUAGAGAAAGGAUGAUUGUUAUGAGAACAACCGAACUGGCAAACAAGGAUUUGGAUAUCUACUACAAGGCGCUUGAUCAGGCAAUAAUGAAAUUUCAUAGUAUGAAGAUGGAAGAAAUCAACAAAAUAAUUCGUGACCUAUGGAGAAGCACAUAUAGGGGACAAGAUAUUGAAUAUGUUGAAAUCCGUUCUGAUGCUGAUGAAAAUAUUUCAACUGACAAAAGAAGAACAUAUAAUUACCGUGUUGUAAUGGUCAAGGGUGACACAGCACUGGAUAUGAGAGGACGAUGUAGUGCUGGACAGAAGGUUCUUGCUUCCCUUAUUAUUCGACUUGCUUUGGCUGAGACCUUUUGCCUAAACUGUGGUAUACUAGCUUUGGAUGAGCCUACGACAAAUCUAGAUCGAGAGAACAUUGAAUCCCUUGCACAUGCCUUAGUUGAGAUAAUAAAGAGUCGAUCACAGCAGCGCAACUUUCAGUUGUUGAUUAUCACCCAUGAUGAAGACUUUGUGGAGCUUUUGGGCCGUUCAGAGUAUGUGGAACAUUUCUAUAGGAUUAGAAAGAAUAUUGAUCAGUGUUCAGAGAUUAUGAAAUCUAGUGUUCAAUCUCUCAGUUCAUAUGUUCAUUAAAUAUAUUUAAUAGAACAAUAUCUCAAUGAAAAGUUUAACUGUAAAUUUUAAAAUUUGUGAAGAAAUAUGAAAGACUCUGUUUGCCUUUAUUUCAUUUCACCCUCUGCCCUGUUUUGGUUACCUGUAAAUCGUAAAAAGGACUAAAUACUAUAAAAUAUUAAUACAUUAAUACAAUCAUUUGAAAAUGUUUAUUAUAUCUUUAACAGACACAUUGAUAUUUAGGAUUGUAUACUACCUAAUCCUGGAAAUAUCUAAUACAGAUUUUUUUUUGGAGAAAGAAUCUAUUAUUGGCAGAGCCUUACCCUGCCAUUUAUAUGAAUGUAACUUAAGUUGAAUAAUUGUAUUUUAUUAGAAUGGACGGUUCCUAUAUCAGUAUAUAAAUCUAAUUUUGUUUUUUUUUAUUGUUAAAACAUUAUUCAAGUUUAAAGUUACUUGUCAUAGUAAAUGUAUGAAAAAAUAAUCAGUGAUUCUUGCCAUUU